AGCUUACUAUCACUGGAUACUUAAAUCAGCCGCCACAGUGCCUGUUGACGGCAAUGUCUACUUUGAAAGCCCAGUACAAACGUCGCGGCCACAUUAUCGAAGAGUGAUUCAUGACAUUCUCGAGAACAAUCCAAGGCUGUGGAGGGAGUGCUAAAAACCGGCGUCCAACACAGAUAGGGUCAUGCGACGACAUUUCGAAGUUGGUUGAUCGAGCCGGCCGAUCCGAGGAACAAGACAACCCGGUGAUCCACUUCGGCUUCAGUGCGUCCGCUAACCAGCUAAUGAAGGAUGCGACUAUACGAGACAGCCUUUCGGCCGAGAAGUUACCUUGUGUUUCGAGAUGGAGGCUGCCGGGCUGAUGGAUCAUUUCCCAUGUGUCGUGAUCCGCUGGACCUGCGAUUACUCGGACACGCACAAGAACGUGAGAUGGCAGGGAUAUGCGGCGAUG